GAAAGCCAAACUCUCCAAGCAAUCUCUCCUCCUCCUCCUCCUCCUCCUCCUCUCUUUCUUUCCCCUUCCUUUCUUCUUGUUCUUGUUCUUCUUGUUUAAUGGAGGAAGAAGGUGGUUUUCUAGACCUCUUAAGUUCAGGAGAUGGAGAAGAACAUGCUUUCCUUCUUUCCUCUUCAACAACUAGUCAUAUGUUAUGCUUUGCCUCUGCUUCUUCUACUGAAUCUUCUCUUUCUUCUUCUCCUCCUCUUCCUUCCACUACUUCAUCCACUGUCACCACUACAGCAACCACUAUUUCAAAGUCCACUACAAAGAAAGGAGGAGGUUCAAGCAAGAAGAAGACUAAGAUUAGCAGUGAGAGUUCAUCAGUUACUACUUCUGGGACAAUGAGGGUGAGGAAGGAGAAGUUGGGGGAGAGAAUUAUGGCAUUGCAGCAACUUGUUUCUCCAUUUGGGAAGUCAGAUACGGCCUCUGUUCUUCAUGAAGCUCUUGGGUACAUCAGGUUCCUGCAUGACCAGGUUCAGGUUCUGAGUUUGCCGUACAUGCAACGCCUGCCAACACCACCUGCCACUUUGCAUGAUGGAGGAGAAGGAGGGAGCAAUGAAUUGAGGAGCAGAGGGUUGUGUUUGGUUCCAGUGUCAUGCACUGAUCAUGUGGCAAAUAACAAUGGUGCUGAUAUUUGGUCUCCUUCAUCUAUGGGAAGUAAUUCUUCUUCUGCUUCCAAGCACUAAAAAAUUUAUAAAAUAAUUUUUUUUAAAAAAAGUUUGGUUUUGGUUCUCUCUCUCUCUCUCUCUCUCUCUGAUGUUUUUGCCUAGCUUGUCUCUCUCCUUGGGUUGCUGAACCUUUGUCUUUUUUGGGGUGGAUAAAACCAGACUUGUUUUUUCAAGAGAGAGAGGACUUAGGAAUGUGUGAAGCUUUGUAACAUAACAUGCUUUUGAUAUAUAUAUAUAUCAGAGAAGAAAAGGGGUUUGGUUUUUAA